AUGAAAUUCUCAACUGCUUUCGUUUAUGCUUUUGUUUUAGCUUUAGCUAACAAUGUUUUCGCUGAAGAAACCCCAGCUAACCAAGAAGAAGAACAAGUCGGUACUUCAAAAGGUGUUGAAUUCCCAUUCUCUGAUGAUGCUAUCAUUGAAGCCGUCAACUUAGGUUCUGACAUUGCUCCAAUUGUUUUAGAUGAUGCUGUUUACUUUAUUAACACCACCAUUGCUGAAUCUGAAUUAUCAAAAUUAUCCAAGAGAGAUGCUGAAGCAUGGCAAUGGAGGGUCUGGAGAAAUGGCCAACCAAUGUACAAGAGAGAAGCUGAACCAGAAGCUGAAGCUAAUCCAUGGCAAUGGAGGGUCUGGAGAAAUGGCCAACCAAUGUACAAAAGAGAAGCUGGACCAGAAGCUGAAGCUAAUCCAUGGCAAUGGAGGGUCUGGAGAAAUGGCCAACCAAUGUACAAAAGAGAAGCUGAACCAGAAGCUGACGCAUGGCACUGGAGAACCUGGAGAAAUGACAUUUAUGUUUGUGUUGCCAUUUCAUUUUGA